AUGGCCAGACAUAAAGAACCACUGGUCGGACUAGUUGGAGUUGACGACAGGCUGGCCGUAGAUGGAAAGGUUGAGGCUGAAGAAGAGGGGGGUUGGGUUGGCGUCGCUGUGCCCUGCCCUCAAGGGAGCAUACUCGUCCGCCAGCAGCCACGAGGGGACAGGCAGAAGGACACAGGCAAUAGCCUCGGCGUUAAGGCCCCUCACACAGUGCUCAUCCUAGUGUGCGAACCUCGCGGGGCAGUCGGGCUGGGCAAAGAACAUCAUGGUCAUGUCGCCGCCGGCGACCCCGAGCUGCGGCGGCUGCUCGGGCGGAUCCGGCGCGGCGAGCAGGACCGGUCGGACCUCGAGCUGCUCAACUCGAGGUGCUACCAGCCCGGCAGGCAGAUCCCGUGGGAGACGGGGGUCACGGUGGUGACGCCGCUGAACCGGAACCGCUGGAACCUCAACCUCGAGGCGGCGCUCGCGUUCCAGGUACUGCAGCAGACGGCGGCGCGCGUCUUCCUAUCCGAGCAUAAGUGGAAGGGGGGCGAGCCGACGGAGGAGGAGGCGGUGCUGAUGCUCGGCCAGGGCGACGACAGCGCGACGCCGGUGCCGGCCGUCUUCGUCUUCGUGCCCGGGAUGCCGGUCGUCGUAAACCAGAACACGCACCAGGGGCUGAAGGUGGUGAACGGGGCCGGGUACACGGCGGUGGCGGUGAUCCCAGACCGCGCCUUUCCCGGCCACCGGGUCUCGGCGGAGCUGACGGACUUCCACUUCGUCGGGAUGCCGGCGGGGACGAUCCUGCUGAAGCCCAUCAGCGUGAAGAUCACGGCGCAGCGGAAGCGGCCGUGGCAGCGCAACGACGUCAGCCGGCGGGGCCUGCCGUGCGCCGCGGCCUUCGCCUGCACCGACUACAAGGUGCAGGGCGGGACGAUAGAGCGCGUCGCGCUCGAGCUGCGGGGGGCGAGGACGGCGACGGUCGAGGGCAGGGCGGUGGCGUCGCCGUGCGACCCCUACAGCCUCUACGUACAGCUCUCGCGGUGCCCGACGCUCGACGGCAUCACGCUAGUGUCGGAGGUGCGGGAGCGGGACUUCAUAGGGAACCGGGUGCCAGAGGAGAUGACGGCGGCGCAGGCACGGCUAGAGGAGCUAAGCAGGCAGACGACACGGGAGGCAGGCAGCCUGCUCCGUGGCUAA